AUGGCAUCCAAACGACAAAGGGAUGAGGCCCAGAUGGAGGAGAUGAGCGAGGGGGAAGAGCUAAAACGGCAGAAAUCAUACGACCAAAUCCUAUCCCUUUUGGAGGAAGAGGAAGAGGAAGCUGUUGAGGAUUUGUCGUCGAUCAUCAGCUCACUCCAGCAAGAAAUAUCUUCUUCUUCUUCUUCUUCUUCUUCUUCUUCUCCAUGUUCCACAAAAUGGCAUCCAAUUUCGAAACAGAACAACACCCAGAAGGCGGAGAUGGAGGAGGCGGCGGCAAGCGCAGAGUGUGGAUCAGUAAAAGAUUAUGCUUCUUGUUGUUGUUCUUCUUCUUCGUCUGUGAACGAGGAAGAGGGCGGUGAAAGAGAGAGAGUGAUGAGACACCUUCUGGAAGCUUCGGAUGAUGAGCUUGGGAUUCCAAACAGUGAGUUUGUGGUGGGUGAAGGAAUGGAUGGAGUGGCGUUGUGUGAUGCGUUGUGGGAGUUGGAAGACGAGGCUGCCAAUUACUACACCUUGUUUCACUCCCAGCUUUUUGUGUAG